GAGUUGGGUUACAUUUAUAUUGCUUGUGCGGUUCGACCAAGCAAGCGCUGUACUGUACCUGGUUUGGGUGAAUUUGUAAAUAACUCUUCACGUUUUACGAAGUUGCUUUUAUGUACGCAGAGGUGUCAGUAUGUAACGCGGCCUUUAUAUUGGUCUUUGAUAGAUAAAUAGGCGCUUUAGGGACAGUGUUACAACAUGAGCUGCAGCCAGGAGCCAGCAGGAAAAAGUAGCAUACAGUAACUAGCAGUGAGUUCCACCAGAGAAAAUGCUGGAAUAAUCCUAGCUGGACGAUUAAACGUCAGCAUUCGCGGUUUUAAUUACUCGCUUUUCGGUGUCAUCGGCAUUGUUUGUGUCAAAACAAGAUUUUAUUGGUCAAAGUGGUGGUUUAGAACAACAAAAGACAGAGCGCCACACGUGUGACGGAGCGACAUGAAACUAAAAGAACUGCAAAGUUGCCUUCAGCAGGUGGACGUGUUCGAGGAGCCCAAGGUGCUUCUUGAACAGUAUCCUACGAGUGCUCAUAUAGCAGCAUGCAUGCUGUACACCAUACACAACACAUUUGAUGACAUCGAGAACAAGCUGGUGGCAGACCUGGGUUGCGGAUGUGGUGUUCUCAGCAUUGGAUCUGCAGUACUGAAUGCUGGAUUAUGUGUUGGGUUUGAUAUUGAUCAGGAUGCAUUGGACAUAUUUAGAAGGAACAGUGAAGAAUUUGAGCUUACAAAUAUUGACAUGGUUCAAUGCGAUAUCUGUUCCUUGCGUGCAUUUCAAAAGAAAUUUGACACAGUGAUCAUGAACCCUCCCUUUGGCACCAAACACAAUAAAGGUAUCGACAUGCAGUUCCUUAAAACAGCACUGAGUAUGGCAAGAUCAUCGGUCUACUCUCUUCAUAAAACAUCAACACGAGAGCACAUCCAGAAGAAAGCAAAUGACUGGAAGGUAAAGAUGGACGUAAUAGCAGAGCUCCGAUACGACUUGCCAGCAUCAUACAAGUUCCACAAGAAGAAAUCGGUAAACUACUUUGAUCUAAAAUUAUGCAUUAUGUUUUGUUACUAUAAGCAGCAGUGCAAGGAAGGGUGUAGUGUAUGCAGAAGUGAGAAAAAUGUUUUAUAGAACAGUAUUUUAUUUUUAAAAGCUUUUUUUUUUUUUUUUUUUU